GAUCAACACACAAACACACAGCAAUCCGGGGGAUUGUUUCGUCCCUAGCCAGUAGUAGUCAGAAUAUUGAAAGUUGGUCAUAUUUGACAGUGAGUACUUUAUUAGCCAACUCAUUGAUAUGCAAAUUCAAUCUGCUGGUAGUUCGACUGCAGUGAUUUCCAGUUCCCGGAAGAUUGCGAAGCUGUACUGUCAUUAGCACGGUAUCUGUAGCUUAAAACAGCUCCAACAUGAUAUUAGAAUUGCUCGUUGCAUUGUUGGCUUUGCUGGUGACAUAUAUGAUCUACAGCCACUACACAAGUCCCAAAGGCCUGCCUCCUGCCCUAAAGCCACUACCAUUGAUUGGAAACCUUAUUGAUGUCGCAAGAUGGGUUUCACAGAAAAAUUUACAAAUUCACCUGACCAAAGCCUCAAAGGAGUAUGGUAAGAUAUUCACCCUCGAGGUUCCUGGUCAGCGGAUGGUCGUGAUAAACUCCGCCUCAAUUGCACGUAAAGCUUUACUUGACAAAAAGGACGACUUUUCUGGAAGGCCUUACUACUUUACUAUGGACUAUCUGACGCGUGGGUCCAAGGAUAUAGGGGCAUCAGACUUCAAUCCUACCUGGGUCAUACAACGAAAGCUUUUGCAUUCCGCCAUGAGAAUGUACAACCCUAUUCUGGAAGACCAAGUGUGCAGGGAGUUUGAAGAGUUAUCCAAGAGGCUGACAGCAAGCCAAGGAAAACCCAUCGACCCUUCGAAUGACAUACUGCUGACCACAAUGAACGUCAUUUGCGCCAUGGUUUAUGGUGAGCACUACCAGAUUGAUGAUCCGGAAUUUCUCAUGAUCGUUGAUUACAACCAAAAGAUGUUUCCAUUGCUUGGUGUACUUAAUAUUCUGAAUCUCUUCCCAUUCAUGAUUCACUUCCCGAUCAAAGACUCCAAACAGAUCAAGUACGUCCGUGACACGAGGGAUCGACUUUUGAACGAAAAGUUUCGACAACACAAGGAGACGUACCAAGAUGGCGUUAUUCGUGACUUGACUGAUGCGCUGAUCAAAACUUUGCAGGAAGCAGAGAAAGAAAAUAGCAAGAUCCAUGACAUUAUCACUGAGGACCAUGUUGUCAUGACAAUGGCGGACGCUUUCUCCGUUGGAUUCGAGACGACGGCCACUACUAUUUUGUGGUUCCUGGUCUACAUGGCCAAUUAUCCAAAUGUCCAGGCAAAAGUACAGGCAGAGAUCGACCAAAUUGUUGGCCGUGAUGCCUUACCGCAAUGGAACGACCGGAACAGACUCCACUACACAGAGGCGACCAUUUCUGAGACGCUUCGAUUAUCUUCCGUUGCAGCACUGUCCGUUCCACACAAGGCCAUGAAAGAUUCAACUCUAGAAGGCUACAAUAUCCCCAAGGGAACGACCCUACUGUUCAACAAUUGGGCCAUGCAUUAUGACGAAGACGAAUGGCAGAAUGCACGGGUAUUUGAUCCAACAAGGUUUCUGGAUGAAGAUGGCAAGUUUGUUCAUGUUGCUGGCGAGAAGAGCUUCCUUCCCUUCGGCGCAGGCCGUCGGGUAUGCGUUGGAGAAGCAUUAGCCAAGCAAGAGCUGUUUGUUAUCAUUUCAAGGCUGUUGUAUCAGUUCAACAUCGAGUUAUGCCCUGGAUCACCGCCACUGGAAAUGGUGGGUGAACUCGGCCUCGUUCAUUCACCCAAACCCUACAAGAUUUGCUUCAAGAAAAGAUCUUAAACCAGCUAUUCGUGAGAUGGUUUUCAAAACGUAGUCUCAACAUAGAAGGCUAGAAGUAUCGACAAUACACUUGUAUUGAAGGAACGGAUUCGUAUGCAUUUGCUGUUAUAAGACGUUCCACAUCUCAGUAAAGUUUUGUACGUUAAUUUAGAUCAAGAUGAUUUAUUUCAGUUAAUAAACCGCUCGUUGAAUCAA